AUGACACCGAUCACCCCUCAUUCAGCAUCGAUCAAUGUCACUGGUGAUGUGUAUGAGGCUGACGGGGUGGGAUUCGAGCUCACGGGCGCGCGCGAGGACCCCACUUCCCAGAAGCAUCCCGUCCCCAGCCCCGGCCAGCCCGGGCCUGCACCGUCGGCCCCCGAGGAGGAUUCAGGGGAGGCGCAGGACGGGGAUGAGGGGUACGGCCUGCGUUUUGAAUCAUGUCCGAUCAUUCGCAGCGCCUCCCAGGCCUCCCUGAGCGACAAGGCGGUCAGCGACUACGAAACCUUCAUGCACCGGCAGCUGGAGCUGAAUGAGGCUCGGAGGAGUGAGAUCCUGGCCAGCCUGGGCGUCGACUUCCACACGCCCCAGAACCGCUUCGACAACAUCACCGCCCUGGUGAAGAGCAUCUUUGGGGUGGGCUUGUCCACGGUGUCCAUCAUCGAGGGCGACAUGGCCUACUUCAUGUCCCGUGCCGGGGACUGGGCCCCCGGCGCCCCGCGCAAGAUGACGUUGUGCCAGUGCCUGUCUGCUUGCAACGACUCCAAGCUGCUGGUCGUGGAGAAUGUGCAGAUGGACCCCAGGUGCCUCGUGGACUUCAAGCCUCGCUCUUUUCCCCCGCACAUGUAUGCCAUCCUGGCCCAGUUUGCCGAGAUAGUGACCCGGGAGCUGGAGCGUGACAAGGUCCUGGCCCUGCAGAAGGAGGCCAUCACCGACUACGCCCUGCACCGAAACUCCAUUGUGCAGUCCCUGGACGCGGUGGUGGAGCCCAUCGUGGUGAUUGACACCGGCCCCAGCCACUGGCCCGUGCCGGCGCACACCUCGCACUUGCGCUCCGGGGCCACGCCCGACCUGGGCAUCCCCGUGGUGCGCGAAGAUUCUCUUGACUCUGCGAGCGACACGCUGGCCUCCUACUCGGAGCUGGACCCGGCGGCCGUCGCGGCCGCCACCGCGCACGCGGCGCUGGGCUCGCUGGAGGGCCCGCGGCGCGAGACCAUGUACUUUUGCGUCGCGCGGCGCGCCGACGCGCCGCCCCCCGGCGCGCGCGCGCCCAGCGGCGCGGAGCGCGAGCGCCUGGCCGGGUCCAUGGUGGCGGCCAUUGCGUCGGGCAUGGACGCGGCGCUGGUGGCGGAGACGCCCGUGGGCGGGCUGGCCGCCUCGCGCCGCCUGGCCCUGCCCGCGCACCUCUUCGCGCAGCGCCCGGGGCUGAUGCGCGAGGUCACGCUGGGCUGCCUCAUCGGCGUGGGCAGCUCGGGGCGCACCUACCGCGGCAUGUGGCAUGGCGGCCGCGUGGCCGUCAAGAUCGUCGAGUGCUGGGCAGACCCGGGCGCGGGGGCCCUCCUGCGCCAGCGCUCCGUGGAGGUCCGCGCCGAGCAGGACACGCACGCGGCCGUGGUGGAGGCCGCGCUGGGCCGCGCCCUGGCCCACCCCCACAUCGUGCCCACCUACGCCUACGCCGGCACCCAGGGCGAGGUGGACGCGCGCGGCCUGGUGCACUCCGCCACCUGGAUCGUGCAGGCCUUCUGCAGCCGUGGGUCGCUGAUCGAGGCCGUGCAGCGCGGCGACCUGGCGCAGGACGGCCAGCCCAACCUGCGGGCCAUCCUGAGCACUGCGGGGGAGAUCGCGGGGGCGCUGGCCUACCUGCACUCCUGCGGCAUCAUCCACGGCGACCUGUCGGGCAACAACGUGCUGCUCACCGCGCAGCCCAACGAUGCGCGGCGCUGGGUGGCCAUGGUCUCCGACUUCGGGCUGUCCCGCAUCCGCGGCAUGCAGUCGGUGCACUCCGCGCCGCAUGGCACCGUCACCCACAUGCCCCCGGAGCUGCUGCGCGGCGGGCCGAUGACCCACGAGGUGGACGUCUGGAGCUUCGGCACCCUGCUCUGGGAGAUGUGCGCCGGGAAGCGGGCCUGGGACACGCUUUCCUACCACCAGGUCCUCCAUGCCUUGGUCAGCGAGGGCCAGACGCUGCCGGUCAAGAGCCUGUCGGGCGUGCCGCCGCUGCUGCAGGAGCUGAUGGCGUCGUGCCUAGCCACAGACCCCAACGACCGCCCCUCCUUUGCCAGGAUCGGGCAGAAGCUCGGCCAGAUGGCGCGUGCCCAGAGGCCAAGAUCCUCGCAGUGA